AUGGCGAACGAGCAAGCGGAGUUUCGUAGAAUGGCGACAAGGUCUUCGGUCUAUCUCUGGGAGUUCUUACUCGAAGUGUUAGAAGAUCAAGAACUGCAAUUGCUGUGUUACUGGAUUGAUAAACCUCGACGGGAAUUUUGCGUGAAAGAUCCCGAGGAGAUUGCCAAGUUAUGGGGGAUUAUGAAACACAGACCUUUCAUGGAUAAGAAAAAGCUGCUUCGCGCCAUUCGUUAUUACUACACCUCUCAACUCAUAACCAAAGUAAUUACAAUUUAUACUGUUUACAGGUUGGUAGUUUUGAUUCGAAGCGCUCUGACUCCACGGACUGCGGGACGACUUUAUGACUGGUGUGUAAGGGUGGUCUGGGGAUACGCCCCCCCCCCCCCAGAAAAUUUUGAAAAUUAAAAGCUCACAAAGUGAGUUUCCAACUGCUUCCCAUAAUAAUUUUGUUUAAAGUAAUCAUGAUUGCCUGAUGAUCGGCAGAUAUAUUUCUGAAAACACGUGUCUACUGUAAAGAUGCCUUGCAUUCAUUCUUGUUUUACAUAUACCCACAACAGAAAAACGAGCAGUUUUCCUUCGUUUUACUCGCUCCAAAAUUACUAAAACAUCUGCUUUGUUUCUCUCUUCGAUGGCGCCGUAGCCACACCCUGUUUAUUGAUUGCUCCCCCCCUCUCUGCCUCCUCACCACUAGUGUCUACCACUGCCUAGCCCUAACCGGCUAUUGGUAACGUACCUUCCAGUGUAGCCGUGAUGAGACAAUUGAGUCGUAUAGUGGUAGAAAAAUUUUACUGUAAAGUGUAAUUAUGUUAUCAUUUAAAACUGGUCAUUGACCAGUUUUAAAUGAUAACAUAAUUACACUUUACAGUAACUUUUUACAUUUUACAAAGAGUUACUAUUUACAUUUUACAAAGAGAAUUUUUUCGUUUGUAAGUUAUUCUUGAUUUGCAUUUUUAAAAUCUAUCAAUUCCAUUUAUCUUGCAGAUUCCAGGUAAAAAGUUUUCCUACAAAUUUGGAGAAAUCCCUUACGCACACCCGGCGUUUCUCGCCCACCUUUAUCGCCCACCUACCCCGGUAAAUGUUCAACUAAAACUUUCAAGUCGUGGCAAAAUGGAUCCAUGUUGA